GGUGACAAGCGCGCGAGUGGCACGUUUCUCUCUAUCUCUCUCUCUUUCUCUCUCUCUUUCUCUCUAUACGUGGAACGCUCGCUGCGAAGUUCCGCUCGUCCGCACGGCACGCGCGUGUCCAAGAUGAGGUGUGCGCGAGUGUCUCGCUCGGUGACGCGCCACGGCUACACGUCGCAGUCGGCGGACGCGCUGCACCGUCGCAAGUAAUAAGCCACAGGUGGUCAUGCGGCUUCCUCGCUCAUCCUCGGGGAGUCGGCAAGCUCCUCCCGGUGCGCAGCAGUAGGCGCGAGGCAGAUCUCGAGGCAGCGGCGAAUUCGGCAACGAGGGGCAUCGAGCGGCGGCGGCGGCGGCGGCGGUGACAGCGGCUCGUCUGGCCUGCGCACUAAAAGAUCGCACGAUGAGCGUGCGAAUGAAGCUGAAAUUCUCGUCGCCGGCGGCCGACGAGCACGACCGGACCUUCGUCGCGUCGCCGUCGACGACGUCGUCGCGGCGCGAGAGCGACGACUCCUUCGAAGAGCGCAAGCAAGCCUUCAUGCAGGACGAGGAGCUCAUGAGGCAGGCCAGCGACUUUGUCAGCGAGCUCAUCGAGACGGCCACCGCCGAGGCUGCCAAGAGGGCCGAACAGGAGGCCAAAACCGGAGCAAACGAUGAAGGUCAAAAAUUCCGCGGCAGCCAGACGCUGGCGGGUUGGAACAACCGUGCGCGUGGCUUCUGCAAUCGCGUAUGGAACGCGGUGUUGCCUUGCUUCCAGAACAAUGAGAUACUCGCCUGGGCGCAGCCACUACGCCACCGCUUUACUCGGCCCUAAAGUGUCGUCGCCGCAGCGUGCGUACGUGUUGAGUAUGCUUUAUUAACAAUGAAAGACAGACACGUCGACGGACGAAACGAGAUUAACCGAGGAACUUGACAAGAUGCAGUGUGUGUGACGUUCCUACGACUGUUGCGCAAUAUAACAUCCUACCGUUUAGAUGUCGUCGCCAAAACAUUUCUUUGGGCCGUUUGGUGUGUCAACAAUGGUCAGAAAUGAGAGAUCCACUUUCUCCAGCCCCUUUGUUUCUCGAAUCCAAAUGAUGUGUGCGAGCGUGCAAUAAGAACUAGAUAAUUCCAUCAGGUGACCCAAUUUUUCCUCGCCUUGCGCGCACACGCGCGACUCGGCAACAAAUAAAUAGCACUCGCAAACAAUAGCCGUCAAUGUUCCAUCCUCCAAUUCUAGCGACCCGAGAUCAAAAACUUGCCUGUAUACCUAAGCUUUACUAUAAGCCGAAAGUCGAUAGAAAUCAAAGUAAUAAACAAUCGAAAGGAAGAGAAAGUGAGCGAGCGACCGUCAGUGUACAUAUAGAGGAUAUCGAUUUCGCUAAUACACACACACACACACACACACACACACACACACACACACACACACACACACACACACACACAGAAUUGCUACAUAAGGGGCCAUGCACCUUUGACUCUCUUUCCUAAUACGGUUUAUAGGUUUCGGCGGGACACACACACACACACACACACACAUAGACAGAGAGGGGAGCUGGCUAUUAUUCUUUCAAUUCACGACGUCUCUUCCUUGGCCGGCCCCUGUUCUUAUAUACUUUGUAUACGUAUCCUCGGGGUAGCUGCAGCAGCAGCGCAGCACGCGAGACUAUACACGCGUUUUAAUAAGCCUCUCGCCGCCGGAGAGAGAAAAUCAAUAAUUUCUACCUGGCUUUUCGCGAUGUGCAGCGCGCGACCACUUUCCGUAUGCUCGUUGUCGACGUCUCUCGAGAAUCGGCGCUUCUUCCAGCUGCAAUUUGUGUGUAUAUGUGUGCGUGUCUUUUUUUUUUUUUAUUCAAUCGACUAGCGAAAUUUGUUAGAAAACUUACGCGGACACGGCCGAAUGGACGUUCCCUUCUGGUUCUAGUCAGCGAAAGUUUUACGGAUCGCAAUGAGGAAAGUUUCGGUGCUUUUGAUUACACGACGAUGGAAAACUUUUCCUUUGUUAUCGAAGCAUAAACUGAAUUAUUUUGUUUUCGAAAUACCGAAGCUCAUAUUUUUUUCUACGACAAUGCCCAUGGUUUCGCAGUGCUGUCAUUAUCGCAACAAUAUUCUUUUUAUUCCGAAUUAAACGAGUGGCGUGAACAGAUCGAUCGGAAUAAGUAUGCAAUGGGAACUCGACAAUGAUCUCACAAGUAGGCUGUAUACUUGGCUGUAUACCAGCAACUACGAUGUUCAGGUGGUCUUGCAAUACCACUCUGUUUCUUUGCCAUGUUAUACUCGUUGGUUUUAGAUGUGUACAAACGCGCAUUAUAAAAUUCUAACUGUGAAAAACAAAAGCAACAAACAAGUAUAUAAUUUCCAGCGACAAUCACGUUGUAAUAUGGUAAUAAAAGUCUCUAGUAUUGGAUUGUAAAGUAGAUAGAAUAUUUUGUUACUCGAUGUCGACGAAUCAAACAAGAAAACGAGAAAAAAAGCAAACAUAAAAUGUCGUUUCAUUCCGACAACUAUAAAUGUAUGGACAUAAACAUUAAACAUUGUUGUACAGUGUAUAGCUAAAUAUAUUUAGAAAAUAUGGAAAA